AUGGGUCGAGCCACAAGAUGGUUCAAGGGUUUAUUUGGAAUCAAACCUUCCUCAUGUUCCGGCCGCGGCUCCGGCACCAUUUCUAACCGCAUUGACCGCUCUUCACUCGCUGGAGUGUCUCUAUGCGACAGCUACGAGACCAUACCUCCCAACAUCUCCGAGAGAGAAGCUGCUUGGCUAAGGUCGUUCUACGCGGCGGGAGAGGAGGAGAUAGAGCGUAGAGCACAUGCAGUCGCGGUUGCUGCGGCCACAGCUGCUGUCGCUGACAAAGCGGUUGCGGCGGCUAAUGCUGCGGCUGCGGUUGUUAUGCUCACGGGUCAAGGAAAGAGUGGUCCGCUAGGUGUUGGAAAAAGACGUGAGAAUCGUGCCGCUAUGCAGAUCCAAUGUGCCUUUAGAGGCUACUUGGCGAGAAAAGCGUUGAGAGCGUUGAAAGGAGUAGUGAAGAUACAAGCUUUAGUGAGAGGCUUUUUAGUAAGGAAGCAAGCGGCGGCUACUCUCAGGAGUAUGGAGGCUCUUGUUAGAGCUCAGGCUACUGUUAAGUUUCAGAGAGCUCUUCGCCGUAUCGGAAACUCUGCUCCGGCGAGAAAGUCCACGGAAAGAUUCUGUGGAUCUUUGGACAACCGAAGCAACGGCGAAGAGACAGCUAAAAUAGUAGAGGUAGACACAGGGAUCCGACCCGGACACUAUAGAAUCCGAGUACCCGUUUUAUCAGGGUCCGAUUUUUUAGACAACCCGUUUAGACGCACGCUCUCAUCACCGCUCUCUGGUCGUGUCCCACCUCGUCUAUCAAUGCCUAAACCGGAAUGGGAAGAAUGCAGCAGUAAGUUCCCGACGGCGCAGAGCACCCCUCGUUUCGCCGGAGGGUCUCCAGGGAGGAGCGUGUGUUGCUCUGGUGAAGCUGAGGUGGAGGUGGAUGGUCACCAUCAGUUGUGUUUCUUGUCGGAAGAGUUUCAUUCGAACUUUGUGGCAGCGAAUGUGACGUCUUGCAGGGGGAAACUGAGGUCGCAUAGCGCGCCGAGACAGAGGCCGGAGAUUAAUGCGGCGGGAAGUGGGUGGAGGAGGAGUAUUGGCGGUGUUAGGGUGCAGAGACCGUCGUGUUCUGGUGUCCGAGAGGCUGUGGUCGGGAAUAUCGAAAGACGUGGGGCUCAUUGGUGAUAAUUACUCUCUUUUUUAGUAUUCGUUAUGGUGAUAACAACUGAAUAUUGUUUUUCAGCGAUCAUGGGAUAUUAAUUGAUACUAAUAUCGUUUUCUAAUAUUGACCGACUAUAUUAAAGUCUUUUGGGUUGUAACUUUUUCUUGUGUGUGGUUGAUUAUUUACAUUGCAAACGUAUUGUAUUACAUUGUGCUAAAGAAGCAGAUCUUAAUUCC